UAAUAAGUCCAGCACUGUCGAUAAUUCAGUUUUGUGAAUACGAAAUUUUAUAAAGACAAAUAUUAUAAAUUAGUCGUUAUUAUAUAUAGUUUUUUUGUUUGUAAAUGGAUUAUCAAUUUAUUUAUAUGAUAAAUUUGGAACAUCACUGGCAAUAACUUCUGCGGAAUAUAAGCUGUGCUUUUUUCAAGAUACUUUUAAUUCAAGUAGAAAGGAAGAUGAAUUGAAAUUGCAAGUUUGAUACAAUCUGUCCAGUGAAUUGUCCAACUACAAAAGCAAUAAAUAUAGUACAGUAAUUAUAAACAGACCAGGUUUUCUAUGUUCAAUAAAAUAAUUAACAAAAAUUUAUAAUGAUACGAAGUAUUAACAAAUCAUUUCCAAUGUGGGUACGUCGUAUCUCACUAUCUCAUCAAAAAAAAAAAGUUUAUGAGAUAAACAGUAACAUCGAAUUUAAUAAUAAGGUAAUGAAUGGUAAAAGAACAGUUGUUGUCAAUUUUCAUGCAGAUUGGUGUGAUCCAUGUACAGUAUUAACACCUAAAUUAAUAGAACUUAUUGAACCUAUAGAGACAUUAGAUCUUGCUAUUAUCAAUUUAGAAUCCAAUCCAGAUUUAGCUGAUAUAUUUAGUGUAAAAGCGGUACCUGCUGUAUUUGCAAUGUCAAAUGGAUUAGUUUUAGAAAAAUUUAUUGGUUUACAAGAUAUUGGAAUGGUAGAAAAGUUUGUAGAAAAAUUAACUAUUCAAGAUGCAACAAAUUCGAAUAUUGAAAGUAAUUCAGUAAAUUUGAAAGUAGACAAUUCUGUAAAUCCUAAAGAUAAUAAUGUAAAAUCAUAAAAUCAUAUUUAUAAUGUUGUAUAUGUGUAAAUGUAGUUAUAUAUAUGAAAAUAUAUAAAUGUAUAUAUAUUAGGUCAUUAUAUAUGAAAUGUCUGAUUUUAUAAUAUAAAUAUAAUAUGAAAAAUCGGACGUUUCAUGUUUAAUAAACUAAUAUAUAUUUCUUUCAUUAUUAUAUUUAUGCAAUAAUCGUGACAAUUUAAAUCUAUUUGAUGCUAUUAUUUGUAAUUAUACAAAUAUCAAAUCAUAAUAGAACAUGUAAAGUUAGUAAAAAUAUUAAGAUAUUUCGCAAAAGCGUGGAUAAUCAUUAUAUGUCUUUGUAUUCUUCUACUGAAAGUAGCUUUCUAUGCAAUAUAAUAAUAUUAAAAUGUUCUUAUAAUGAACAUCUAUUAAGAAUACUAGGCAUUCAUUUCAGGAAACUGUGGACCAUGUGAUUAUCCUUCUUUUAUAUAAAUAUAUAUAUAUAACAAACUGUACUACUAUUGUAUAAUUAUCUUGUCUAAGCUAUAGUGAUUAUACAGACAAUGUUCUCUUGAAAACAAAAAACUAUUUAAAGUCAAUUUAAAAUAUACUUUAUGAAACGUAAAUAAUAUAAUAACUAUGUAUACUUCAAUAAAAUAAACUAUCAUAGAACUGAGGUAGAAUAUAUACUUUUUUGUUUAUUAAGAAUAUAUAUGAUAUUCUAUUUAUAUUUUGUUUAUAUCAUAUCAACUUUGUUCUAUAAUUUAUUAUGUUUUAUAAUAUGUGAUCAUACUGAUGUAACAAAACUAUAAAGUGAUUAAUUUGUUUAUUUACAUAAAAUAUCAGUUGUUUUUAUUACAAUUCAAGAUAUUUAUUCAAACAUAGAGUGCACUUGUGACAUUAUUUAUCUAUUUUAUUUUAUUUUUAUGCUUUUGUAUUCAAACAUAGAUGUGAAGAUGGAAGUAAAAAUAUAAUAACAUAUUAAAGAUUAUUGAAAUUAAAAUAUAAAUGUCAUAUUUAAAUGCAGGUAUGCAAAUAGAGUAAUAUCUAAUUUGAUUAAAAUUUUAUAUUUAUUCUUAAUCAUAAAACAAUUCUGUACAAGCUAUGUAGGAAACUAAGCCAGCAAUAUAAUAAAGUUAUCAAUCCAUAUCAUCUCUAAUAA